AUGCCAAUCCUCGAGGAAUACACCUAUGUCUUCGCCAUCGGCACAUUCUUUGCCCUGCUCGAAGCAUACAACAACGGUGCCAACGAUGUCGCCAACGCUUGGGCGACCAGCGUUUCGUCGCGCUCCGUCACCUACCGACAAGCUAUGCUUCUCUGCCUGAUUUUCGAAAUGACCGGUGCCCUCGCUGUCGGUGCUAGAACUGCCUCCACCAUCAAGAACGGUAUCAUCCCAAUUUCCGCUUUCGAGAACAACGCUGGUGUCCAACUCCUUGCCUUUACCUGCGCGUCUGCUGGUGCAGCAACCUGGGUCAUGUGGUGUACACGACACAACGCUCACGUUUCGUCGACCUACUCCCUCGUUUCCUCAAUUGCAGGUGUCGGUGUCGCCACGGUUGGUGCCAAAGGCGUUCAAUGGGGAUGGAACAAGGGCCAGGGUCUUGGUGCCAUCUUCUCCGGUUUGGCAAUGGCCCCUCUUAUUGCAGGUGGAUUCGGUGCAGCCAUUUUCAUGCUCAUCAAGCUGGUUGUCCACCUUCGCACCAACCCCGUCCCCUGGGCUGUGUGGACCUCACCAUUCUUCUUUCUGAUUGCCGGUACCAUCUGCACCCUAUCAAUCGUUUACAAGGGAUCUCCUAAGCUCGGUCUCAACAACAAGCCUGGCUGGUAUAUUGCCAGUGUCUCGCUCGGUACUGGUUUCGGCCUCUUCCUCCUGGCUGCUCUUUUCUUCGUUCCUUACGUUCAUGGCAAGGUCGUCAAGAAGGACUAUACCCUGAAGCUCUACCAUGUCUUCUUGGGGCCCCUCCUGUUCAAGCGCCCCGCCCCAGCUGAUGCUGAGUUCGCCAAGGUCCCCGACUAUGCCGUCAUCCAUCAUGCAGGUGAGGACGAGGAUGAUUCCUCAUCCGACAAGAGCGUUACCAAGGUGCACUCUGACGAUGAGUUGGCCGAGAAGAACGCCAUCAAAGGAGACGCGAUUACUCCUACUCCUGUCCCCGUUCACAACGGCGCCAAGACCCUCGCUGAAGAGGAGAACGCCGUCCCUGUCAACGCCCAAGCUGUCUACCAGGCUCAACUCCGACGAGCUCUCGAGCGUCACCAUGCGGAUCUCCGCAAGACUCGUGGUCCAAUUGGCUGGGCAAUGCGCACUCUACACAACAAUCCUCCUGGAGCUGGUUCCGUCUACGAGCGACACAACAUGAAGGCUCUGCUCCGACGUCUCCCCGCAUAUCCUGUUGUCGCUUGUUUCUACGGUCUUUACUACGAUAUCCAUAAGUCUCAGGUCGGUGUCAUGGGUACCCCCGAGGGUCGUCGUAUGGAUCGUGUCUAUGCACAUGCCACCAAGUACCCCAACGAGGUUGAAUACCUGUACUCUUUCGUCCAGAUCAUCACUGCCUGCACUGCUUCUUUCGCUCACGGUGCAAACGAUGUCGGUAACGCUGUCGGUGUCUGGGCUGCCAUGUACGCCGCUUGGUCCACUUCCACCGCCACUGCUGCCAAGGCUGAGGUUCCUCUUUGGCAAAUUGCUGUGACUGCCUUGACCAUCUGUAUCGGCUUCAUCACCUACGGAUACAACAUCAUGAAGGUUAUGGGCAACAAAAUCACCUAUCACUCACCCUCUCGAGGUUCGUCCAUGGAGAUGGGUGCUGCCAUCACCAUCCUCAUCUUCUCGCAAUACAAGCUCCCCGUCUCAACCUCGAUGUGCAUCACUGGUGCCACCGUUGGUGUCGGUCUCUGCAACGGAACCCCCAAGGCCGUCAACUGGCAGCGAGUGGGUCUCUUGUUCUUUUCCUGGGUCAUGACCAUCCCUAUCGCCGGUCUCAUCGGUGGUAUCACCAUGGGUCUGUUCCUCAAUGCUCCUCACUUCUAA